AUAAGCUAUAUCCUUGUUGGAUUUGGACGCGGCUAUGAGAAUAAAGACGGAACACUGUUCACUCCCACAACAGUCUACAGUUGCUUUACACAGAAGUACUGGCCUCAUGCGCUAAUCGUUGGCACUGAAGGGCUCGCUUACUGCAUGAUUCUGAUCGCUUGUGAGCGAUUUUUCGCAGUACUUCGACCGGUGGCGUACAAAAAUAUAUUUCAAGAGAGCAACAAAGUGAUUUUCCUCUUCUUCAUACCAUUCACUUGU